AUGGAUGAGGAGCUUAGAGAGCAGGUGGUGGAGGUUAAGAGGGCACAUUGGGUUUUUCCUGGAGAUUAUGACGAUGUGCAUGGAGGUUUUGGAUUCGGCGAUAAAGGUGAUGAGAGAGCUGCUCUAUUGGAUUUUUCUAAGGCCUUUGGGUUGGUAGUGGUGAAUUCGAGCUUCCCGAAAAAGGAGGAUCACCUAAUUAUCUUCCGAAGUGCGAUAGCCAAGACUCAAAUUGACUUUCUAUUGCUUAGGAAGGAGGAUAGGGCUCUUUUUAAGGACUGUAAGGUCAUUUCAAGUGAGCAUCUUUUAACCCAGCACAGACUUUUGGUGAUGGACUUGACUAUCAAGAAGGGAAAGAAGAGAAGGGCCGAAGAGGGUUGGCCUAGAAUUAGAGAGAAGCGGGUGAAUAGGGAGACCUAUAAAGUUGCUAGAAAGGAAGCUAAGUUUGCAGUCACGGUAGCUAACACUGUAGCGUUUGAGAGCUUGUAUGCCUGGUUAGAUGUGAAAGGUGGGGAAAAGAUGUUAUAUUGGCAUGCGAAGGCUAGGGAUAGGAAGGGUCGGGACUUAAAGCAAGUGAAGUGCAUUAAAGGAGAGGAUGGUACUAUUUUGGUGGAAGUUGUCCACAUUAAGAGAAGAUGGCAGGAGUAUUUCCAUAGGCUUUUGUACGAGGAGGGGGAUAGAGAUAUCGAGUUAGAAGAGCUGGAACACUUAGAGGAGAGAUGUGAUUUCAGUUAUUAUAGGCAUUUUUGGGUGGAGGAAGUCAUAGAAACUAUUCGUAGAAUGCAAAAGGGAAGGGCGACGGGGCCCGAUGAGAUUUUGGUGGAUUUUUGGAAGUUUAUACGUAAGGUUGGUUUAAGGUGGUUGACUGAUUUGUUUAACAAUAUUUUCAAGACGGCAAGGAUGGCGGAGGCUUGA